AUGACACGCUUUCGAUUAGAUUAGAUCGUGUAAAAACCGUGUAAAAAGUUUGACGCAAAUCAACCGCAUUGGUUACGAUAAAUAAAUUCUGCUCUUCGGAUUCGGAAGCAAAAGUACGGAUUAAUUUAGUAAAAACGAUUUAUCAGGGAAAAAUAGGAUGGCCUUAACGAAGGUCAUUUUUGCGACCGCCCUGCUGACGGCCGGUGUAUUCGCGAGCCCUUCGCUUUUCAAGGACAAAGUAGCUGACGUGAGACGAAGUGAAACACGCGCCGACGACGGUGGAUAUCGUCUUCCGAAUGAUACCGCGCCGAUUUCUUACUCGAUCGAAUUGAUCCCGUACAUCGUUGUCGGAAAUUUUACCUUCGACGGCGAAGUGCGGAUCGAUUUCAAAGUCUUACGACCGACGUCCGCGGUGACCUUGCACUCCAAAGAUUUGACCUACGACGAAAGUUCGACAAGCCUGGUGUCGCGGGACGACGUCGUUCACGAGGUGAUCGGCCAUGGGUACGACACGGAUAAAGAUUUUUUGACGAUUUCGCUGGGGGAUGAAAUUCCCGUGGGAAAUUACACCCUGAAUCUGAGCUUCGUCGGUAUCCUCAACGACGAAAUGGAAGGAUUUUACAGGAGUUCGUACGUGAACGCGUCCGGAGAUACGGUAUGGCUGGCCACGACCCUGUUCGCGGCCACGAGAGCUCGCAGAGCUUUUCCAUGCUACGACGAACCGGCGUUGAAAGCGACCUUCCAAGUUUCUGUAAAGCACGAAUCGCGUUUUCACGCACUUUCCAACAUGCCGAUAAUCGAAAAAUACGUGGACGAAUCCGAUGGGAAAAUAUGGACGAUAUUCGCCACUACGCCGAUAAUGUCGAGCUACCUGAACGCGUUUAUAGUGUCGGAUUUUUCGGCGAUUAAAAAUUCCGACGAAACGUUCAACGUGUGGGCGAGACCGAACGCGAUUUCCAGCGGCCGAUACGCUUACAGAAUAGGAUCGAUCGAACUGGCGGAACUUGAAGAUUUCACAAACGUCACAUACGCCAUGCCGAAGAUGGACCAGGUCGGAAUUCCCGAUUUUCAAGCCGGCGCCAUGGAAAACUGGGGACUGGUCACCUACAGAGAAGCCGCAUUCCUGUACGAAGAAGGUGUUUCCAGUCUAUCCACUAAACAGAUAAUCGCGACGACCGUAUCGCACGAAUUCAGUCAUCAAUGGUUCGGAAAUCUCGCGAGUCCCGCUUGGUGGAAAUAUCUCUGGCUGAGCGAAGGAUUCGCCAGUUACUUUGAAUAUUUUACAACGGACGCCGUCGAAAAUAACUGGCGUAUGAUGGAACAAUUCGUGGCGAUAGAACAGCAAGGUAAAGCGUUAGUAGCCGACGAUUCCGCCUAUUCUCAUCCGAUGAACGUCGACGUGGAGAGUCCGAGCGAAAUUCUCUCGAUAUUCGACCCGAUUUCUUACACCAAAGCCGCUUGCGUGAUCCGGAUGUUGUCUCAUUUCCUGACGGCGGAUGUCUUCGAGUCCGGAUUAACGAGAUACCUGAACGCCCAUGCCUACGGCACCGUCACGUCCGAUGAUCUUUUCCAGGCCAUGCAGGAGGCUGAAAACGAAGCUGGAAUACUUCCUCCCCGAGUUCGAGUAAAAGACGUUAUGGACACCUGGGUGAAUCAGAUGGGCUACCCAGUUGUAACGGUUGCGAGAAACUACACGAGUCGAACCGCGAGAAUAACGCAGGAACGAUUUUUGAGCGAAAAUCCGAGUCCCGCGGACGACCACGAAUACAAAUGGUGGAUACCGAUCAAUUGGGCAUCUCGAACGAACCCGGAUUUCGAAACAACCGUAGCGCAGGCCUGGAUCAGCGCUGAAGAUGAAAGUUUGAUUAUUCAAGAAUUUAACGCCAGUGAGUGGAUUAUUUUGAACAAGCAGCAAUCGGGAUAUUAUCGCGUGAAUUACGACGAAACCAACUGGGAAAUGAUCGCUGAUUAUUUAAAUAACAGCGAAAACCUGCUAAAAAUUCACGCCUCGAACAGAGCAGCGCUAAUAGACGACGCCAGCAAAUUCGCCGAUUCGGGCAAAAUACCUUACACGGUUCUUUUGAACCUCGUAAGUUACUUGAAAAACGAAAUCGACUACGUUCCGUGGUACGCAGCUUUCACAAACUUCGCCAAUCUUCACAGAGCAUACGCGAACGCUGCGCAAUACGAAUUACUCCGGGCCUACCUCGCUUCACUGACGAGCAAAGUUUUCGAUACGGUCGGUGUCGAGGAAACCGACGACGACGAUCACCUCGCAAAAUUGAACAGAGUAGACGUAAUUAAUUACGCCUGCAUGUUCGGUCUUAAAAAAUGUUUGACCGGUUCAGAAGCCAAGGUCAGCGAUUGGUUGAAAAAUUCAACGGCCACCCCGCUUGCUCCGAGCUUGUUUACAAACACGAUCUGUGCCGGUUUGCGGUCCGCAAAUUCAACCACAUGGGAAACGGCGUUCGCCAGACUUCGAUCUACCGAGUCAACCGCUGAACGCGAUGCUCUGCUCGUCGGUCUCGGUUGUUCGGAAAAUGGGGAUAUCGUUAAAUCUUGGAUGAUCGCUAUUUUUGAUUCGGCCAGCGGACUGACCGCCGGAAAUUCUUACACUGCUUUCUCGGCAAUCUAUCAAAGGAGCGCGUGUAACGUGGAUCGAGCGUUGGAUUUUCUCGUCGAAUACCACGUCGGCAUAAUUACGUACUUCACGGGUGUAAAUGAGUUGAAAAAAAUUGUUACUGGCAUCGCCAACAGACUCACCAGUCACGCUCAACUAGUAAAGCUGAACGAGGUGGUCGGUUACCAUUCCGAGAUAAUUGACGAUGCGGUUCGUGUCGCCGUUAACAACGUUAAGAAAAAUAUCGCGUGGAUAGCUGCAAAUGAAGCAGAAAUCAGCACUUGGCUUAUCAACAAUGUACCAGACAUGAUUCCGGAUGACAGCGAAUCGACAUCAUCGGGGAAUUCCGCUUUCACCGGGUGUAUCAGUUUUUUUGUCAUUAUUUCAAUGACGAUCUCGAUUUAUCUUUGAUAAGUUAAUUUUUUCACGCGAUGCGUGAGCUUCGUGGUUCUCCAUCGGAACUUAGAAAAAAAGGGUGGACACAGUUGUUGCUGAACAAACAUAUGAAAAAGAAGAAAACGGUGAAACUUUAUUAUUAAGUUUCGUAAAUAAUUUUACAUUUUUACACGAUAAUAUUCGGAAAAUUCAUAAUGCCUGUAAUUACGCGCAUGUAAAUUAUUCAUCGAUAAAUUCGAUCAAAUCUCAGAUUCAAGGAUCAGCAGAAAUAAAUUGAUACACAU